UGGUGCUUUUUGGAUUCCCCUGUGACUUUUUCCAACUUUAUUGGUUUAGCCUAUUCCCUUGUGUUUUUCACACACCUAGCAUUUGCUAAAGCACAUGGCAAGACACGCUCUGUUGUGCUGUUUUUGCUAACGAAGCUUCAAGCAAUGAAAUAUAAAGGCUUAGUAGACUCCCAAAACAAGCCGUUCGGCACCCUGCUACCUUUCGAAGUUCAAGUUAUCAUUAUGUUUUGGACCCAAUGUUUCAUGACCAAUGACAGAAGGAAAAAAAUGAAUGCAGAAUUUACCCGCCUUCCCUGUUGCCUUGGAACAGACAUUCCAAAGUUCGUGGCAUUUUCGUUUUCAAGCGGUUACAAAAGUUUUUCUUCUGCUAUGGAAAACAAACCAUAUCCUCGCUUUUACGGUUGUCCUCACUGUUUCAGAAGGAACACACAACAAGUGUCGGUAAGUACAGUUCAUCAAUUUCCCUUCAGUUUUAUUUCAUGCUUACCACUAAGAUUUUUUCUUUUUCUUGUAGAUUGAUAUGAUUGUCGCUAUAGGA